CGCAACCUUGGCCUGGAGUUUUCAUCGAGUAAUCCUGUCGGUUCAAUGGAAUGAAUUGGACCGCGAAAGGCAAGUCAAAUGGCCGCUUUUGUUGGGUUUCCGUUGCUUGCCUGGCCAAAGGCCCCUUUUACAAGCUGGCUUUCCAGAAGUCUCUGCACCAAGCAUGCCGUUGAACGGAGGCAUGUCAUGGCUACUCGGGUGGGUACGACGGCUAUCCUUGAAACACCUUUAUGUACCCCAUACAAAAAGAGGCGCCUUACCCCAGAUCUAUUUGCAUUCUGACAUCUUUCCUUCCCCCUUCCAUCCCUCUUGCUACACUAUACCUUACUAUCUUCAUCAACUACCCUUGUCCUUGCCAAACAGCUUCUCCACUCGACAAACGACCUCGUUCAAGUCAUCUUCGUAGACUGUUACCUCGAUAUUCGGUUUGAUAGUAUAGGUUGCAUCACCGAACAGAAGCGAACCCUCGACCAUCAUACGACAUGGCACCUCACGCUCUCUCUCCCGCCGUCCGCUCCGAGGCUGGUUCGCCGACACCAAGACAAGGACAAUCCGAGAUCACCGUCCUAGCAUCUUCUCGAGCAGUUGUCAAGGGCCGCAUGACAGCCGCAACCAUCGUUAUCUCGACCGUGACAGGCAAGAUACAGUCCAUCUGGGAGUCAGUCCUGCCCGCCUCAGACUUCCCCGCAGGAACGCCUUAUGUCGACCACUCGCCGCACAUCUUGAUGCCUGGAUUGGUAGAUGCACAUGUGCAUUUGAACGAGCCAGGAAGAACAGAAUGGGAGGGCUUCUGGACAGGUACCAGAGCAGCCGCGUUUGGUGGUGUCACAACGGUCGUCGAUAUGCCUCUCAACGCCAUCCCACCUACAACUACGGUUGCAGGGUUCGAAGAGAAGAUUGCAGCUGCACAAGGGAAGUGCUGGGUUGAUGUUGGCUUUUACGGUGGCAUCGUGCCUGGAAAUGUCGAAGAGUUGAAGCCCUUGGUGAAGAUGGGUGUUAGAGGCUUCAAGGGGUUCCUCAUUGACAGCGGUGUCGACGAGUUCCCAGCUGUUUCCUCCGAAGACAUCUCGAAAGUCUUCCGCGAGCUUGCCGAUGAGCCUACGACAGUCAUGUUCCACGCCGAGAUGAUCCCCCCUGUUACAAAGUCUGUCGGUGACGACGUACAAAUCUCAGAGCCGCCAAUGGUCCCCAGCGGUCCUCUAGACGUAUAUCAGACUUUCCUCGACUCACGUCCAUCGACCUUCGAAACAUACGCUAUUUUGGAAAUCCUCAGCUUGGCACAUCUGGCACCGCAAUUGCCGCUACACAUCGUCCACUUGUCAGCUGUGGAGGCCAUUCCCAUGUUACGCGAGGCUCGCGCGAAGGGUGUCAACAUCACUGCAGAAACAUGUCCCCACUACCUCUCGCUAGCAGCAGAAGCGAUCAAGAAGGGCGACACAAGACACAAAUGCUGCCCGCCCAUCCGCAACCAAAACAACCAGGAUGGACUAUGGAGCGAGAUGUGCAGACCCGACGACAGCGUCAUCAAGACCGUCGUCUCCGACCACUCUCCAUGCACACCAAACCUCAAGCUCCUACCAGCAAACGUCCCCGGCGCCAUCGAAACAACCACCAAAGAGGGCGAAGGCGAUUUCUUCUCCGCCUGGGGCGGCAUUAGCAGUGUAGGCUUGGGCAUCAGCGUCCUCUGGACCGAAGCCUCUACCCGCAAAUUCACCAUCGAAGACGUGGUCCGCUGGUGCUGUCUCAACACCGCCAAGCAAGUCGGUCUCGAACACCAAAAAGGUGACAUCGCUGUCGGCCUCGAUGGCGAUAUUGCUGUUUUCGACGAGGAGGCCGAAUUCAUCGUGCAGCCCAGCACUAUGCUUUUCCGCAACAAGUGCAGUCCUUAUCAAGGCAAGGCAUUGAAGGGUGUGGUCCAGGAGACAUGGCUGCGCGGUCGUAAAAUCCACACUCGCGAACAGGGUUUCAUUGAGAAGACUGGUCCUGCCGGUCAGCUUUUGUUGGAGCCGAGAGUCAAGGCUUAGAAAUGUUGGAGGAAUUUGCACCUGCUUUUUAUACCAUGGUUCUCGGUAAUGAAGAAGGAUACAUUUGUCGCAAUUAAUCAGCGCCAUAGCAGCAGCAUUUAGAAUAAAUAUCGUAGGCUAUUCAUCACGUCCAUGUCCUUCAAACAACAUCUGCAAUGCAGUGUGCUAUAUUUG